GUCGCCGGUGCCCGGCCGGCCGGCCGCUUAGACAAGAGCCGGGUUGCGGAGCGCAGGCGCCCGGCGGCUCCAUCCCGGCGAGGGCCCCUCUGAGGCUGCGGAGGAGGCGCCGCUGCGUUCACUGCAGGUGGGACUCAGCGGGGCGGGGCGCAGCGCGAGCCGUUCCCGGGCGCCCCGGUCCUCGGCGUCCGUGAGUGUUCGGUGGGCCCACGGCCCGCCCACCCUCUGAGGCCGCGGGCCGCCGCCCGGGCACCAUGAAGGCCUCAGAGUUUUCCUCGAGGGCUGCGCCCCGGCCGGAGGGGGCUGCGGCGAGGCCGAGCCGCCGAGCCGCCCCUGUCGCCGGGCCCUGCCUGUAGGACGUCGGGGCCCGCCGCCCGGCUCUCGUGUCCGUGCCGCAGUCGGCGCCCCAUCGCCGGCUCUGACAUGGAGGAGGGGAGAGCUGGUCUGGGAAGCCCCCUCCCGCCCGCCAUGAAAGCAGAGACCGCGACCGCGGCGCAGGAGCCCCCGGCCGGGCCCAGCCUUAGUCACCUGCUGAGUAGCCGGAAGCUGGUGGCCCUGGGGGCCGUGCUCGGCUGGCUCCUGGUCAUCCACCUCCUGGUCAACGUGUGGCUCCUGUGCCUUCUGUCUGCGCUGUUGCUGGUGCUGGGAGGAUGGCUGGGCUCCGACGCCAUCGUGGGGCCUUCGGGUCGGCUGCACCUGGAGCGCUUCAUCCCCAUGGCCGUCUGCCCCCCAAACCCCGAGGCCGAGAGGCAGCUGGAGCAGGAGAUCGACCGCACCAUCCGGAUGGUCAUGCGGGACUUCGUGUCGUCCUGGUAUCGCACGGUAAGCCAGGAGCCCGCCUUCGAGGAGGAAAUGGAGGCAGCCAUGCGAGGGUUGGUCCAGGAGCUCCGGAGGAGAAUGGCCAGGGUGGACAGCCAUGCUCUUGCCCAGAGGGUUCUUACUCUCUGUGGUUGUCACCUGCAGAGCUAUCUUCAGGCAAAGGAGGCCACGGCAGGGAAGCAGAGUGGCACAGAUGAGCCCUCCCAGCUCUGGGAGGCUUACUGCCAGGCCACCGCCCCACAUCCUGCAGUACAGAGUCCCAGGGCUGAGGUCGCCUACACACGUAGCAUCGUGAACGUGUUGCUUCAAGGCCUAGUGCCAAAGCCCCACUUGGAGACCCGGACCGGCCGCCAUGUCGUGGUGGAACUCAUUACUUGCAAUGUCAUCUUACCACUGAUCAGCAAGCUCUCAGACCCGGACUGGAUCCACCUUGUGCUAGUGGGCAUCUUUUCCAAGGCCAGAACUGGCCCAGCAGGAGUGGGUAAACCACUCUGCCCAGCCAGUGCCCUGGAACAGCCCUCAGUGCCCACAUCUCUGCCACUGAUUGUGGAGGUCCAGAGUCUAGCAGAUGCGAGAGCCCCUUCUCCAGCCCCAGUGCUCCUAGACUGUAGUGAGCCUUCACACCCCUCCCCAGAAGUUGAAGAAGGCCACGAAGCCCUGGAGGGAGAUUUGGGGGGAGUGCUAGAAGAGAGAGAAGUAGGAAACAACUCUUCUCACUUCCUGCAGCCUCUAUUCUUGUCCGAAGACGCAGAGCUGGAGUCUCCGUUGUCUGAACUGGGCAAAGAAGCCAUCAUGCUCAUGAACCCAGGCAACUUCCUUUCUGCCAGGAUUCAGGACUCCCUGUGUGCCCUAGGGGAUUCCCAGUCUCUGGAGUCUAAGGAUGAUGAGGGAUCCGAAGGAAUUGAAGGAGCAGAGGCUGAGGAGGGUCCAGGAACAGAAACAGAGACCGGCCUGCUUGUCUCCAUGCUGAAUUCCUGCCCAGAGAUCCACAUUGACACAGCAGACAAGGAAGUAGAGCAGGGAGAUGUCACCUCUCUUACAACUUUGCUGGCCAGUCCGGAAAGGAUGUGUCCCCCACGACCCUCGUGCUUAGAGAAAGAUCUCACCAAUGGUGUGAGCUCCCUAGAUCCUGGUCUCCCCCAGGUACUGCUCUCCUCCUCUCCACCUGGUCCCCUCAGCUCAGCCACCUUCAGCUUUGAGCCCCUGAGCAGUCCAGAUGGCCCCGUUGUCAUCCAGAACCUUCGUAUUACCGGCACCAUUACUGCUCGAGAGCACAGCGGCACCGGAUUCCACCCAUACACGCUCUACACGGUGAAGUAUGAGACGGCCCUUGACGGCGAGAACAGCAGUGGCCUGCAGCAGCUGGCCUACCACACCGUGAACCGCCGUUACCGUGAGUUCCUGAAUCUGCAGACCCGUCUGGAGGAGAAAUCCGAUCUACGAAAGUUCAUCAAAAGUCAGGAGUUACCCCAGCCCCAGAAUGCCUGCUUGCUGUUCACAUCGAGCCACCCUGAUCUGAGAGGCUGGAGGCCUGUUGAUGUGAAGGGUCCUAAGAAGCUCUUUCCAGAUCUUCCAUUUGGAAACAUGGAUAGUGACAGAGUAGAAGCCCGCAAGAGCCUCUUGGAAUCAUUCCUGAAGCAACUCUGUGCCAUUCCUGAGAUCGCUAACAGUGAGGAGAUGCAGGAGUUCCUUGCUCUGAACACAGAUGCUCGUAUUGCCUUUGUCAAGAAACCGUUCGUGGUCUCCAGAAUAGACAAGGUGGUGGUGAGCGCUAUCGUGGACACCUUGAAGACAGCAUUUCCUCGCUCUGAGCCCCAGAGCCCCACAGAGGAGCUGAGUGAGGCCGAGACAGAAAGCAAGCCCCAGCCAGAAGGCAAGAAGACUACCAAGUCCAGACUGAGGUUCUCAUCCAGUAAAAUUGCUCCAGCACUGAAUAUAACUGAGGCACACGAGAAGAUUCUCUAUUGUCUCCGGGAAGGCAGUGUGGAGUCAGAGAUCCUCUCCACGUCUGGGAUGGAAUCCUUUAUUGAAAAGCAGACAAAGUUACUAGAAACGCAGCCAGCAGAGGCCCCAGGAAAAGAUUCUGAACAAACCUCCAAGGGAUGUGUGGAUGACUGCAUGUCAGAUGCAGCCGUGCCAGCCCAAGACCUCAGCAACAGUGAUCCAGGAACAGAGACAGAGUUGGCUGACACAGCCCUGGAUCUGCUUCUCUUGCUGCUGAUGGAACAGUGGAGCUGGCUGUGUACGGAGAACGUGCAGAAAGUUAUUCAUCUCAUCUUUGGGACCCUGAUUCAGAGGUGGCUAGAGGUGCAGGUAGCUACUCUGACGUGUCCUCAGCGCUGGGUGCAGUACCUCCGGCUUCUUCAGGAAUCCGUCUGGCCUGGCGGGCUUUUGCCUGAGUGUCCUCGACCCGUGAGGACCCGGGAGCAGAAGGCGGCUGCUGAGACGCAGGCUUUGCAGAGCCUGAUGGGAGUCCUGCCAGAUAUCGUGGUAGGAAUCCUUGGGGUGAACAAAUGCCGGCUGAGCUGGAGUCUUGUCUUGGAGUCACUGCAGCAGCCCCUCAUCAACAGGCAUUUGAUUUACUGCCUUUGGGACAUCAUCCUGGAAUUCUUGGAUCUCAGUGCCUCUGCUGAGGAGUCCGCCGUGACCAGCUCUGCCGCAGACACCCCAGGCAGCCCCAAGAAGAUGGGCAUCUCCCCUUAGCCAGAGGUUAUUCACCCAUUUCUUCGAAGGUUAGGAAGGGAGCAUUACUCUGCCACCCGGAGACCAGGCAGGAGGGCUGCACCUCUGGAACUGGGCUGUGGCUCAGAAGGCCUGGGGUCUCAGUGGCUCAGUUCUCCCCCAGCUUAUACUCCAUUUGUAGCAGGCGAUGAGGGGGUAUAUGUACCAAUUGCAUGCAUACCCAUUUCCAUGCCUCUUUGGUGGUGUUUGGACUGUUGCUGGUGGGUGGAUCCUGCUUCCUUUGGAAAAGGAAGCUGUGAGGUAGAGGAAUGAGCCCCUUUUGCCUCUGCUUUGCCCUCCUCCCUAAGGUGGUUUGCCGACAGCCUGGCCCUGUGCACACGUGUGCCUCACCCACCAGCGCAGGCUCUCGGUAGACCAGGAGAAAAACCACAGCCAGAUUUUCUUAGAGGAGAAGACAAUCUUCUGAGUUCUCUGUUCCCACCAGGAAACUAAAAAUUCAUUCAGCACCACUCUUGAAAGCCAGACCCCUGGUCCUACCUAGCUUCUCAACAGCCCCGCAGGAGGGAGGGAAACCUUUCGCAAGGCACUCCUUCCAGCACAUCGGCCCCGCAGAGGGUGUCACUGCAGGCUUUCUCCCUGGGUGGCUGCACUCUUCCUGUCCCAAAGACCUCAGCGCAGACCGACAACACUUCUGGUAGAUCCGUCCCACCCUCCAUACCCUCUCCUGAAAGACAGCUGCACCGCAGGUUUUCUUUACUAGCUUUCUAACCCCCUCCCCGAGAGCAAGUGAGUUUUGACCUUUGUGGCCUUCUCUGUCUUUCUUCAAUCCAAUUGCAUGGCAAGUUGCACCUUCAGCCCAGAGCUGCCCGAGGGAAGGGAAGCACUUGCUCCUUGGCUGAGAAUGCCCAGAGGAGUGAGGGUUCUCUCUCCGCAAGUCUCUGGCAGGGAACUUGAACUCUAAACCAAGAACAUUAGCAACUUACCCAGAAACAGCUUUUUACUUCCUGUUCCUUCAGGAUCUAAUUAGUCUUGAAGAGCACCAGUGGUGAAAGCAAAGGCAUGGCGUCCAUUAGAAAGACGGACAAUUCGUAGAAACUGGUGGAAGGAAAGGAGGGACAGAGAGCCAGGAGGCAGGCGCUGCACGUAGGUCUCGCCGCGGGGGGGGUCGCUCACCCUCGUCCCUUUAGCUUGCACUUGCUGGGGAGCGCCUGCUGCCACUGAACUGGGACCCUCCCACUUGGAGGAGGGUCUUGGGGUUGGACUGGCGAGAACAGGGUGGGUCUAGGACAAGCGUCAAGGUUCUCUUAGAUUAAAACGGCUCACAGGAGAAAGCUGUGAAAUCUUUCUGCUUCCCCGCACCCUGCCCCGGAAGGCUUUUAACCAUCAAACAUGUUCUGAGGUAACUGGGGGCUUUAGCGGUACUGUUGGUGCCUAAAGGCAAGGGGGUGAACAAGGUCAUGUCACUUGGUUCCUUCUGCCUUAAAAGUUGAUUGCUACAGUCACUUUAUGGCUCCAGAGUUCUCAGAGCGUCUCCCACCCUGGGCACUCACAGGAGAAGCCGCUCAGCAUCUCUCCCUGUGGUAAGUGUCUGCGGGGUGGGGGAUUGCAGGGGGUCCCACCUGACACUGCGCUGCUCCGCCACCUCCCACCACCAGGGCCAGGGUGCUCUCCCGGAGAGGUGGGGGGCAGCCCCGCGCUCUGCUACCCUUCUCUCCCCGUGCUUCGCUCUCAGGUGUACUUGCCACCUUUAUUGCUUUGAAUCUCUGCUACUAGUUCUGGCUCAGAUAUGACACAAAACCAGUAUACAGGCUGACACUCUGUUAAACCCCUAUAACUGUAAAUUCUAAACAAUCUUUUGAUACUUCCAGCCCAAAGAA